AUGUCGACCGUGGCAUAUAGGUCCAUUGCCCCUAUUACUCACCAGAGGGAUCUAUUUGCUCAACCAGUCUCCGCGCUCUGUUUUGAUCCUGUCUCCGAUACUCUCUGGGCCGGUACAAAUGCUGGCAAUGCUGUGGCCUACUAUACACCUCGCGGAAUGCGAGGCGUCACCUUUCGCGUUGGAGGAAAUCUCGCCGUGAGGAAUAUUCUAGCUGACGAAAGCUCGGUAUUUGCUAGCGGAAUAGAUAGUAAGGGUGUGGGUGCAUGGAGUAAGGGAGGGGUGAACAAGUGGUAUCACCGAUCUGCCACGUCUGUGACGGCGACUUCGAAUACUCUGAGCUCUUCGAAGACUCUUGCCAUUGCUACUUCGACUCCAGACUUAUUGCUCCUCAACGCGACCACAGGGAGUGUCAUCCGCCAAUCAUCCGUCCCUUCCCUCAUCAGCCAGUUACAUUUCUCCCAUAGCUUUCUUUUGGCCGGCUCCUCCGAUGGCUUCGUACGAUGUUUUGACUCCCGAACGGGCAUGCGACGGGAAGGCGGUGCUGAGAGUUCCGUCAAAGCACAUCCGAGCGAAGUGCAAGGCUUGCAGUCAAGCGGGAACUACGUCUACACGAUUGGAUGGGGAUUGAGGCAGGCUCGCACGAUACCCGAUCCUUUGGUCAAAAUGUAUGAUAUCCGGACGAUGAAACCUUUACCGCCCGUGCCAUUUCCUGCUGGCCCAGCUUUCAUCAAUGUUCUCCCCAAGCGAUCCUCUACGAUUGUCGUGACGUCAAAUCAAGGUCUUAUAAAUAUCGUCGAUACAUCGAACCCAACCAAUGCAGCGGAAUUCUAUCAGCUUGACACGACUGCUGUCGUGCGGUCUGUCGCCGUAGCACCGACAGGAGCGUAUAUGGCUCUCGGAGACGGAGACGGUGUCAUUCAUCUCAUGACUGCAGCUGAUGAUGAAGGCGAACAUCCUUUCAAUGGGUUUGAAGGACAGCCAAUAGAAUGGGCAGAUACACCAGAGCCUCUUCAAGAUAUUGAAUGGGACGAUUCAACGCCACUGAAUCGCGUUGGCAUGCCAUAUUACACCACUCAACUGCUCUCAUCCUGGACACCACAACUCGAUCCUUCAGGAGUCGUGUCUCUUCCGACUCCCAAGAUUCCCGAGGAAAUCUCCAGAAAUCUUAAGAAGAACGACAAUGUUUGGUAUGCUGCUCUCCCCCGUGAGUUCCGGGGGCAGCGAAACAUGGUAAAAUCUGCGCCGCGUAAGGAUCAAGGACGGUUCAGGAGCGGCAGAUCUCGAAGUUCAGUUGACGAGGACUCGUCGGUCAAGGAUGUUGUCGGUGAUGAUGUUCCGAGGAAGUAUGCGAAGGUGGAGAUCGAGUACUCAAAGUUUGGUGUGGAAGAUUUCGACUUCGGCUUCUAUAACAAGACUGAAUUCAGCGGCCUUGAAACGCACAUUCUGAACUCCUACACCAACCCAUUGUUGCAAGUCAUGCACUACAUUCAUCCUAUUCGCCGCCUCGCCAAGUCCCAUAUCACCACCAGUUGUCCUCGAGAACAUUGUCUCCUUUGCGAGCUUGGCUUCGUCGUGCGCAUGCUUGAGGAUGCUAGAGGUACAAACUGCCAGUCCACGAACUUCUGCAAGACGGUCAACGUUCUCGCACAUUCACUCAAUGCCAUCGAGCUCAUUGACUACGGACGGGACUCCAUCGAUAUGGAUCAUUCACACAUGAUUCAGUCUUUCCACCGCUUCCUGAUGGAUCAUCUCAGCACCGAGAGCAAUGCCUUCCCACACAAUCCCUCGCUCAUUAGCUCACCUUUCUCGCCGCCUCCUGGACAGGAAGGUAUGCAUCAGCCAGCGGCUGCACCUGUUACGCAACUCUUGGGUUUAGAUGGAAAGAAUAUCAUGAUGUGCACAUACUGUCAAUCCGUCAGAGAGAAGGACAACUUAACUCAUGUGGUGGACAUGAUAUAUCCUCGAAAAGGAGACCCAAGCGUCGGGACCGACUUUACGUCUGUUCUCAACGCCUCCUUGGUCCGUCAACUGAGCCACAAAGCGACCUGCCCGUCCUGUAAACACUUCGUCAAUCUCGAAUCAAUGCGGUCUAUACCUACAAGUAGCCUACCCGCUAUCCUGGCCUUGAACGCAAACGUCCAAAGCGAAGAAAUCAUGGACUUAUGGUUAGACAAUCGCAAGCAAGCAUUCUUGAAGCCAAAGGUAACGUUGCAUGGGCAGGUGAACGGUAUUGAUGACCUGGAGAGUGUUGUCUACGAGCUAAGAUCGAUGGUGAUCAAAGUCGUUUCGAAAAACAGACGGACUCACCUGAUCGCGGUUGUCAGAGUACCCGAGGCUGAGGGCCGACCGGAGUUUGAGAGCCCUUGGUUCGUCUUCAACGACUUCGUCGUCCACAACAUCUCGGAAUCCGAAGCGUUAAGCUUUACGGGGAAGUGGAAGGUCCCCACCAUCCUCUAUCUCGAACGUCUAGGUGCUCGAGAGGCAUUAGAUUUCUCGGGGCUACCAGACGCAAUCGAUCCUUCGAUCCUCAGCCGCGACACAUCCAUAUCGCUAAACCGCGACCCCGCACUCAUCAAGCAUGAAGUCCUGCGUGCAGAUGAACUUCCCAAGCCGGGAACUCUGGUCGCCAUUGACGCUGAAUUCGUGGAAAUGCAAGCUGAAGAAACAGAAUACCGCUCAGACGGGACCAAGAAGGUUCUCAGGCCAGCUCGGCUGAGCUUGGCCCGAGUCUCUGUGCUCCGUGGCGAUGGACCUAAGCAGGCCGUACCCUUCAUCGACGACCAUAUUCAUACGAGUGAAGCCAUCGUGAACUAUCUGACCGAGUUCUCCGGGAUCCGAUUUGGUGACCUCGAUCCGCAUAAUUCCCGGUACACACUGGCACCACUCAAGCUCGUGUAUAAGAAGUUGCGUUUGUUGGUGGAUCGUGGGUGUAUCUUCAUCGGACAUGGCCUUUCAAAGGACUUCCGUAUCAUCAAUAUAUUCGUCCCUCCGGAACAAGUCAUCGACACUGUAGACCUCUACUUCCUUCAUGCUCGCCAUCGUCGUCUGUCCUUGCGCUUUCUUUCCUGGUUUGUUCUAGGAGAAGAGAUCCAACUGGACACGCAUGAUUCUAUCGAAGAUGCGCGCUGUGCUUUAAUGCUCUACAAGGCGUACCACGAAUUUGAAGAUCAGGGUGUGUUUGACCAGAAACUUGAUGAACUUUAUCGGGAGGGCCGCAAACACAACUGGAAGCCCCCAGCGCCCGCUGGUGCCACCGUAACCUCGGCCGUACCAUCCCCUGCACCGACACCAUCUGUGGGCCCAUUGAACCCCUUCGCCAUGAUGCAAGGUGGGCUCCUACAGUCUGCUUUCAUGCCCGGGGGCUUUCAGCCUACACCACAGGCCGCACCUUCGCCUGGAAUACAAACCUUCUUUGGUGCCAGUCCACAGCCUCAGUUUGGACGAGGGAGUCAGAGGACAAACUGGCGGUAAUUGACGAUUCUGGGUAGUGGGCACCGGGCACGAAGUUCAUGAACGAGAUAUCAGUACGGCAUAGCAAUUGUGUAUUCAAGCAUGGAUGUUGUCUGUAAUGUCUCACACUGUACAAUGACCUAUGUAGCAUCCAAGGAGAUCG